CCGCCCCCCGUCGCCGGGCCAAUCGCCUAAGCCUGUUGUGUGUGGCUGGGUCGGUUCUAGACCGGCCACCCUUCCCCGGGUUCCCAUCUGAGCUGUGAUCCUGUCCGUGCGUGCUCUCCAUCCUAGCCCAGGCCGAGCCGUUUUCCCGCGUCUGAGUCUAGCUGGAACCUGCUCCUUUUCUCCCAUCCUUGCUGAGUUUGUUCGAGUGGAGCCAACACUCCCAGAGGGGACUCAAGAGCCAACUACUUAACGACAGGUCCCUGCUCCCUCUGAAAAUCCCAGCAUGCCUUCAGGGACAUCCCAGUGUGAAGAUGGCUCUGCUGGGGGCUCCCAGCACUUGGACACGCACUCAGAAAAGAGACAACUGGAGAAGGGCCCCUCAGGGGACAAGGAGCGAGUCUGGAUCCGGCCUGAUACCCCGAGCAGAUGUACUUGGCAGCUGGGCAGGGCCAUGGCGGACUCCCCACAUCAUCACACAGUGCUGACCAAAUCCCCCAAAAUUUUGCCAGAUAUUCUGAGGAAAAUUGGGAACACCCCUAUGGUCAGAAUCAACAAGAUCUCAAAGAACGCUGGACUCAAGUGUGAGCUGUUGGCCAAGUGUGAGUUCUUCAAUGCGGGUGGGAGUGUGAAGGACCGCAUCAGCCUUCGGAUGAUCGAAGAUGCUGAGCGAGCUGGAACCUUGAAGCCUGGAGACACGAUCAUUGAGCCAACUUCUGGCAACACAGGGAUCGGGCUGGCUCUGGCUGCUGCGGUGAAGGGCUAUCGCUGCAUUAUCGUGAUGCCGGAGAAGAUGAGUAUGGAGAAGGUGGAUGUGCUGCGGGCUCUGGGAGUCGAGAUUGUGAGGACGCCCACCAACGCCAGAUUUGAUUCCCCCGAGUCCCACGUGGGAGUGGCGUGGCGACUGAAGAACGAAAUCCCCAAUUCUCACAUUCUAGACCAGUACCGCAAUGCCAGCAACCCCUUGGCACACUACGAUGACACCGCCGAGGAGAUCCUGCAGCAGUGUGACGGGAAGCUGGAUAUGCUGGUGGCCUCAGCAGGCACGGGUGGCACCAUCACAGGGAUUGCUAGGAAGCUGAAGGAGAAGUGCCCUGGCUGUAAAAUCAUCGGCGUCGAUCCUGAAGGCUCCAUCCUUGCAGAACCUGAGGAGCUGAACCAGACGGAGCAAACAGCCUAUGAGGUGGAAGGGAUUGGCUAUGACUUCAUCCCGACAGUCCUGGACAGGGCGGUGGUGGAUAAGUGGUUCAAGAGCAACGAUGAAGAUUCCUUCGCCUUCGCGCGCAUGCUCAUUGCACAGGAAGGACUGCUAUGUGGUGGAAGCUCAGGCAGCGCCAUGGCUGUGGCCGUGAAGGCUGCCCAGGAGCUACAGGAAGGACAGCGCUGUGUGGUCAUCCUGCCCGACUCUGUGCGGAACUACAUGUCCAAGUUCCUGAGUGACAAAUGGAUGCUGCAGAAGGGUUUCAUGAAAGAGGAGCUCUCAGUGAAGAGGCCCUGGUGGUGGCAUCUGCGUGUUCAAGAGCUGAGCCUGUCGGCCCCACUGACCGUGUUGCCCACGGUCACUUGUGAGGACACCAUCGCCAUCCUCCGGGAGAAGGGUUUUGACCAGGCACCUGUGGUCAAUGAGUCUGGGGCCAUCCUAGGGAUGGUGACCCUCGGGAACAUGCUGUCAUCCCUGCUGGCUGGAAAGGUGCAGCCAUCAGAUGAAGUUUGCAAAGUCCUCUACAAGCAGUUCAAACCGAUCCGCCUGACUGACACACUGGGCACGCUCUCCCACAUCCUGGAGAUGGACCACUUUGCCCUGGUGGUCCAUGAGCAGAUCCAAUCACGAGACCAGGCCUGGUCAGGAGUGGUGGGGGGGCCCACAGACCGCAGCAAUGACACGUCCAGCAAGCAGCAGAUGGUGUUUGGGGUUGUCACUGCCAUUGACCUGCUAAACUUCGUGGCAGCCCGUGAGCAGACCCAGACAUAGAGCCAGGACUGGCUUCCAUCCCCCUGCUGGGGCUUCUUGGUUUUCAGACACCUACCAGUUUCCUCACCAAGUCCAGCAGGUCCUCCCAUCCUAACACCCAGCGUGAAUCCUCUAUGCCCAUGUAGCUUACAGGGGCUUUCCUCUGGUGUCACAGAAAUGAGGAAUGUCAGCCAGGAAAGAUGGACACAGACUACAAUAGCGAGUGACAAGACUCAGGGUGCCCAGAAAAGUGUCCUCCCCACAGGGGGGCUCCAGCGUGGGAAAGGGCAAACCUUGGACUGAUGCUGUGGGCAUCCUCGGGGGCCUGGCUGGCCCCAUGGGAGUGUGUGGGUUUUAAAUGAAGGUGCGCUCCUGUGACCUGAGACCCACAGCUGUGAAGUGCCUGCACAAAGUGUCACCACCUGGGUCAUGACCCUGCUUAGCAGUUCUUCCUCAUGUCCCCCUCCUUCACUGACAAGCACCUCAAUGGAUCUCCCUAUAAAUGGAAUCAUGUACCUUU